UCCAAAUCAACCCUACCAAACACACCCUAAAAAUGAUUGAUGUUCUGAAACUCAGAUCUGAAGUUAGUCUUUGCUGUCGAAGAUCUGGAUCUCACUUUCGUCAUUGCCUGAGCUAUUCAUCCUCCAAAGUUCACCCCCGAAGAUCUCUCUCAGGAUCUGUAAGUGUGUAUGUUGGAUAAUACAGUGCAUGAGCUUUGGGAGAAUGCACUAGAAGGAAACGUGUAGUAAAUCUUGUACGUGUGCCAAAUUAAGAUAUAAAAACAAUGGCAUCAACUGCUGUGAAUAUGGUGAAAACUACAUUAGACUGGGUGACGAUAGCAUUUGAUGCCCCUUUUGCUCGAGCUGUUGUUUUUGGAGUGCCUAUUGGAGGGCAUCUAUUUGUGGAAGGUCUCCUUUUAGUGGUUAUCCUCUUUCUACUCUCCCAGAAAAGUUAUAAGCCGCCUAAACGGCCAUUAACGAAGAAGGAAAUAGAUGAGCUAUGUGAUGAAUGGGUUCCAGAAUCCCUUAUUCCUGCUAUUACAGAAGAGAUGCAGGGGAAACCCCCUGUAUUGGAAAGUGCUGCAGGGCCGCAUACAGUAAUCAACGGCAAAGAAGUUGUGAAUUUUGCUUCAGCAAAUUACCUUGGAUUGAUAGGCAAUGAGAAAUUACUUGAGUCAUGUACUUCUGCAUUGGAGAAAUAUGGUGUGGGCUCCUGUGGUCCUCGUGGGUUUUAUGGAACAAUUGAUGUCCACGUUGAUUGCGAGGCCAGAAUAGCAACGUUUUUGGGAACUCCUGAUUCAAUCCUCUAUUCCUAUGGACUCUCUACCAUGUUCAGUGCAAUUCCAGCUUUUUGUAAAAAAGGAGAUAUUGUUGUUGUGGAUGAGGGUGUUCACUGGGGAAUACAGAAUGGUCUUCAUUUAUCUAGAAGUACGAUUGUAUAUUUCAAGCACAAUAACAUUGAGUCCCUACGAAAUACUCUGGAGAAAGUUACUCAAGAAAAUAAGCGAGCUAAGAAGCUAAGACGCUACAUUGUGGUUGAAGCUGUGUACCAGAAUUCUGGCCAAAUUGCUCCACUAGAUGAGAUCAUCAGACUGAAGGAGAAAUAUCUGUUCCGUGUUUUAUUGGAUGAGAGCAACUCAUUUGGUGUUCUUGGUUGUUCUGGGAGAGGUCUAACCGAACACUAUAGGAUUCCGAUUGAGAAGAUAGACAUCAUAACUGCUGCCAUGGGACACGCGUUGGCCACAGAAGGAGGAUUUUGCACUGGAAGUGCCAGAGUCAUUGAUCAUCAACGUCUCAGCAGUUCUGGUUACGUAUUUUCUGCUUCUCUGCCCCCAUACCUAGCGAUUGCUGCAAUUACUGCUAUUGAUGUCCUGGAGGAAAAUCCUGAUCUGAUUACAAAACUGAAGAAAAACAUUGCCUUAUUAUGCAAAGGUCUGUCAGAUAUCCAAGGCCUUGAGAUUGCUAGCAGUCCAGAAUCCCCAAUUGUAUAUCUCAGACUAAAAAAGCCCACGGGUUCUUUAAAGAAUGAUCUACAGCUGCUUGAAGAUAUUGCGGAUCAAGCAUUGAGGGAGGACUCUGUUUUUGUAGUGACUUCCAAAAGGUCAACACUAGAUAAAUGCCAUCUGCCUGUGGGAAUUAGAUUGUUUGUCUCUGCUGGUCAUUCAGAGUCUGAUCUGCUGAAAGCAUGUGAAUCAUUGAAGAGAGUUACAGAAUUGGUGACUUGGUGUUAACCGGCUGUGAUUGAAUGUUGCAUAACAGAUAUCAGGCUUAGUGGCCUUCGUCUCUGAUAUCAUGUGGCCUGCAAAGAAUGGGAGGGAAAGGUGUUGCUACGAGUUUGAUAUUGAUUAUGAAUUAUUUUUCCACUCCGAUCUCAUGUGGCCAACAAAGAAUUUAGGGAAAGAUGUUGCUAGGAGCUUGAUAUUGCUUUAUGAAUUAUUUCGAAUUGUGUUUUUUGUAAUUGUUCCUUCACAUAAAAGCUAAGGCGGUAAUAACUUGCCGUUUGAGCUGAUAGCAAAGCUACAAUGUGUUGGGAGCUGAGUUGUGGAAAUUGUUUUGGUUUACAAAUGUUACAUGCUGACGUUCUUGUUCUUUUGAAAAUUCUGUUUGUAGGAUUGUUGCUUCUGCUAGGUUUAUUAUUAGAUGAAAAUGUCUUCUUCUGUGAAUAUAUUCCAUAGCUCAUUGGAUUGGUUUGAGGAAACAUUUGUUUAAUUAUAAUUCUUGGUCGGUUUGCUUUGUCA